AUGACAACGUACUGGUUGCUGGAUGCGGAGGGUUACGAGUUUUCGGAUGAUGAAGAGUCACGUGAAGAGGAACCGAGCCUAGCACCGGAGAUAUUCCCACGGAAUUCCACCUUCCGAACGAUGAGAGGCUCUGGAUUUGCGCUCAAUCGCGACUCCACAAUUUCGCUUUCUGCACAGAAAGAUCAGUCCUUCCUUAAAAGAUUCAUAGGCACUGUACGUCAACCUGCUCAGACGAACGACUCACAAACGAGUGCAUUUUUCUCGGCUAUGAAUGGUGGAGUCGUAUCGAUGGGAAACUCGUACAAAGAACUGCCAAGUGUGAAUGAAGAGGAAUCGCCAGGUGUCUCAGUUCCAAGGGUUUCGUGCACUCAUCAAAGUCGCAGUACUCGAUGGCCACCAUUCUCAUCGACGAGGAAUUGCAGUCAGCAUGCAGGCCGUGCAUCGUUCCCUACGGACAAUGAUGUGGCGUUGAGGAAGAGGUCAACAUCACUGCCAGACGGUGAAGUGUUAAACUUGGACAUGCUUGGCCCUCAGACAGUGGCGAACUCGACGGCGCCAGUUUCGUCGUACUGUUCGCCAUGUACGCGAAGGAAUACUGCAGAAUCGAGGUAA